AAACUAAUGCAAACGUUUAACACUACAUAAACAUGUUGUUAUAGGUACAAUAAAACAAACAACAGCAUAAAAGCAGCACACAUUGCAUCUUGAUUCUGCUAUGCACUUGUAUGUAACUAUUCCUCAAGGGAGCAUACAUAUGUACAUACAAAAUUGACUUCUCACUCAAGUUGGGCCUGUUGUCCGGAAGUGCAAUAAAGACGGAUUACUGUAUGUGGUAGAUACCUAUUAGUGAAAUAGUGUCAAAGACUAAACAUUUAAAUCAUUAGAGUACAUUGAAAUAAUUAAUAAAUCAUGUCAUUUCUUGAUGAACAAAAAGAAUGUGCAGAUACAAAUAAGGAUCUCUCAGAACAGUUCAGCCAUCAUGUGUCUGACCGAGUAAAAUUAUAUGAGGCUAAUAUGAAAGGAUCAGCAUCGCCAGCUUAUUAUAGCACUAACAAAAACAACAACAUAAGACAUGUGGUGCCUGUGGGUGUACUGAUUGUGUUAUUUACAUUGUAUCUAACCACUACAGCAAUUCAAUUCAAAUAUGUGAAUAAUGCUCAGCCAGAAGAUGAGAGGAACAGCAAUUUGGAGACCACUUUCAAAGACCAAGAAAUGCAAGCUCAAGAAACAGCUAAACGGAUAAAAAUACUUGAAAAGCUUUUGGAAUAUAAAGACCUGUGCACUGAGUUAGAAGUUUUUACAAAGGAUUUGCGUUGGGUAAACGAGAUUAUAGAGAAAGAAAAUGAAAUGGAGGAAACUGAAGGAAAAGAAUCUGAGUGUGAGCAGAUAACCGUCGAAUCGACCACUAUCAGUUUAGGUGGUGAUAAUUGUCAAAUCCAUGACCAAAAGGAACUAAAGUAUGAAGAAAAACCUACGGAAAUUGUGCAAACGCAGCGUACUAGUAGAGAUAAAAGCAAUACGGUGCGACAAAAUGGAAAAAGACGUUCUAAUAAAGCACUUGCUAAGAAUAACCAAAUUAAUAACAAAAACGAUAAGAACAACCACAGCACGACCAAUAACAAUAAUAAUAAAAAGGAUCAUUCAGUAACAAAAAAAUCAAAUACUGCAGAACCCAUCAUCUAUAUGUUUGCAUUGGUAUUUAUAUAUUUGCUAUUAAAAGCCGCUUCAGAUAUUAAUCAACAUUACAAGUCGCAAAACAAAGGUGAUAAAAGAUUACGUCGUUGCUCCUUGCAAUCCUACGCUCAAGCUCAUAAACAAGAUCGUCGAGCUUCAAAAGACUCUUCGAGUAUAAAAUCAAAAAAAGAAUCACUCUUGGAAAUGCGAUCGAAAUCUGUUGAUCGCUUCAAUGAUACUGCAAUGAAAAAAUCCGAAAUACUUGCAAAUUUACGAAAAUACACAUCUUUUGACGAGCAUAAUCGCAUAUCAAAUGUUCAAUGCAGAGUCCAUGGUCCACCUUUGCUGCAGCCAUCGAGGGAAAUACUAAAUUCUGGCGAAAAUACAUUUAAUCAUAUGGAUUCUUUAUACGAUAUUUCAGAAAGUACUCCACCAAAAGUAUCUGGCCGACGAUGCUCGGUGCCAAUUUCAUUAAAUUUCCAACGUCAGAACGUAAAAGUCAUCGGUUUGCCGAUUUCGAAUUUGGACCGUCGUACCUCUUUAUCCGGCGCACAUAUUGGCCUCGAAACGAAUUUGAUUGAUCAUGGACAAGAUGCGCCAUUUCAUGAAGUUAAACGACGUGUUCGCAUGAUAAAUCGACACUAAAAACUAAAACUGUUUAACACACUUUGUCCUAAUAGAAUAUUUAGAUAAAUUAUAGAAGAUGAACAUAUACUCUCAAAAACAUUGGUAUUCCAUAAAACAUUCACGUAACUGCAUUAAGUCUCAAUGUUUUUGUAAAUUCUUUUACUACAUAAAUAUAUGUUUAAGAAGAAAUAAAUCAUUGAAUACCUUUAAAUAUACAUAUUAAAUAUAAAUAUAAAUACAAAUACCUUUUCGUAAAUUUAAUAUUUAACCUCAAAAUA